AUGCCUGUGUGGCCUGCCCUACCCUUCAUUCCAUAUCCGCCUUCUAAGGCUGGGUAUUGGAGCCCCGUCACGUCGACCUUGAAUUGGUGUGAGGAGGAUUACUAUGCGACUAUCUACUCCGCCGAAAUUGUCAACGCUCUCACAAACCUCUUGUUUAUGUGGCUUGGUGUCAAAGGGCUCCGCAGCUGUAGGCGCCAUGGACAUGAUACGAUUUUUCAAGUGGCGUAUUACGGUUAUCUCGUGGUCGGAACGGGGAACCCCAUGCAGCUCAUCGAUGAACUUUCCAUGAUCUACACUACAUGUUUGAUGUGCUAUGCGUCCUUCUCUUACUCGAGAUCGACCAGCAUCCGUAUCUUCCUAGCCAUUGCCCUGACCGGUCUGGCCGUCUUCAUUACUCUGUAUUACCACUACCUUCAGGACCCCGUAUUUCACCAGAACGCAUACGCUCUGUUGACCAUUGUUGUCGUCCUGCGGAGUAUGUAUACCAUGGAGGUAACCCUUCGUCCGAAAUGGCGACACUCCACCGAGGGGGACCGGUUAGCGCGCGAAAGGCGCGGGCUGCCUGUUCUUUCCAAAGAACAACAGCACUACGAGAAUGAGCGGGAUGUGAGGAUUCUGAAGACCAUGUGGUUUAUGGUUAUAUACGGGCUGAGCAUGUUCCUUGGUGGCUUCUUUAUCUGGAACUUGGAUAACCACUUUUGCACUAAGAUCCGCGGAUGGCGCCGGGUAGUAGGGCUUCCGUGGGGUCUUUUCCUUGAAGGUCAUGGGUGGUGGCACGUUAUGACUGGCAUUGGUGCAUAUCUCUAUAUAAUCUGGGGCAUUUGGCUACGUCACUGCUUGAACAAACGACAGGAGGAAUAUCGCUUGUGGUGGCCGCAUUUUUGGAACUUCCCUGAAAUCCUCCGUAGUAGCUUCAAAGACAAGAGAGAAAACGGCGCGGUCAAGAAAUCGAACUAA